GAAUGAACAAGAUCCACCUUCAGAAAGGACUUAUCGAAGAUGUACUUUUGUAUGCGACCAUCAAGGUACUUAUGAACCCAAAAAGACUGUAAUUCUAGAAAAUCAAAGAAAUAGCAAAUCAAAAAGAUCAGGCUGUCGUUGGCAUGUUAAUGUGUCUUUUUCAAAAAAAACUGCAGUUAUUAGUAUAACAUCACUAGAACUUAGUCAUAAUUAUACAAUUAGCCCAAGGGCAAAUUUAUAUGCUCCAAAAUAUAGAACAUUCCCUAAUGAUAUUGUACAAGAAGUUCACUUCA